GAAGAGACCGUGGCAAAACUGCAACGACACAUCGAGCAGGCUCAGAAUCAAUUGGAAAGCGUGAUCAAGGAGGAGGCCGCCGUCAGACAGCAAGCAUCCAGUCGACCUUCAGAGUCCGAAAUGAGGCAACGAUUCGAUCAUCAUGUCUUGGAGUAGUGAGUUGGAAGUUGCUUCAAGCAUUCAGAGCUGAUGCUUCACUCCAGCCUUAAAAACGCUGGAUACACCGACGUCGCCAAUGUCUUGAAACAGAACCUCGACGAAGGGAAAGGGGACCCGGUCGGAAUUGAGGAAGAGACGGGUCUCCUGUCCAACUCUGCGAGGGUGCGGCGCCUCGAGAACCAAAUUGAAACCCCUGUCACGCCUCAACGCCCCACUACUCAAAGCUUCUCCCCGACAAAGCAUUGGAAUCAGCAGAAAGCGCCCGAAUCAUCCUCGACACGUGUCAAUCUCUCAGCCUCGCAUCCAGCAAUGGCUCACGAGGAGAAUGCGAGCAAUGAACGCGGCGACACAGACCUGACGUCCGAUGAAACACAGGAUCACGAUGACUCCGGUUCGCAGGAACAAAUCGUGACACCAAUGGCACUCGACGAACCUGCACGAAGCGCAAGAGUCAAAGAGGAGAGUCAUUCGCCUUUUAAGAGAUCUUCAGGCAACGCCGCCUCGAUUGAUGGGGAUCUAGGCUAUCUCUACUCCUGGUGGACCAUUUUUGAGGAGACCCAGCGGCUCACAAAAGCUAGAAAGCUGAGCGUAGAAGUCGACUUGGAGUCUGUCACUGGGCCUCCUCUCAGCGCUCACCCCCCUCCUUCUUCGGCACUUGCGGCUCAGAUCGCAGUAUCAGCUCCUGCAGCAGCUGUACGGGCUACCUCAGUCGAGGCCGGUCGGACUGCUGCAAGAACUACUUUCCCGCCAAUGACCGCAAUUCAUCCUCCGAAUGGCAUUCAGAGUCAGCGUAUCGAGGCUGCUGAAGAUCCUGUUCAAGCGAAGCUGAGAGCUGCCGAGGAGAUGAGGCGUGCUCAGCAAGCUCACAUCGAAGCUCAGAAUGACCCGAAUAAGCGGCGUCCGUCCGUGGCCGGUGGAUCGCUCGGAGCUCACAAUACAAGCCAAGGCCAGUCUCAAACGAUCAUCCUCCCAACGGGGGAGCACGUCCAGAUGACUCACGAGCAAAUCUCACAACACCUCCUGGCGCAGGCUGGGCAGAGUACAUCCCAAAGACAAGUCCCCGCCUGGCCUCAGUCUGGCGCCUUUCAGACUACCUCUCAGCCCCAACGAGCCAUUAUGCACCCUUCACCUGCUCACGCCAGGGGAAUGGUGAACGGGACGACUUUACAGACCUGGCCUCCCAGUGGUAUCGAUGUGGGAGCUUCGCCCUCAGCAGAUAGCGUCAUGAGUGCGAAGCGGGGUGCUGAUCCGUCAGCUGUCGAUGUACAGACGAAGAGGGCGAGAAUCACGGGUAAAAAGCCGACACCCGAGGAUCAUCAACGACAGGCAUUGGAAAUCGCUUCUCGGGUAGCUGGAGUUCAAAGUCCCGCCGUGUCUCGCUCUGGCUCAGUCGUAAGCUCCCCUACGCUCCGCCCCAUUGACCCUUCCAGAACCCCUCGGCUCAGGGACAUCCCAUACCAGACCCUCAUCGCCGUUAUUCUCAGCAGGCUGCACAUUACGCUCAACAGCAGAUAGCCUCUUCAUCCGCCGCUGGGAUCCUCUUGCAGUCCCCCGGUGCUGUCGAGCCGAGUAAUCUGGACCUGCCGUCGCAAGCGGUCAAUCGCACAGC